AAUCAAAAAUAAAAACCAUCCUAAAACAUUAGCAUUCUUGAACAAGCAACAAUAUAUCAAUUCUUUCUCCUCUCUCUGGGUUCCAGGGCAACUCCCAGUUGUUGCUGUUGUCUUCAGUUAUUGUAUGGAGUUGUAAGAGCUCUCUAUUGAUCUUCUAAAUUUAACUCAAACAUUUCAAGGAGCUCCUUACACUCCAAAUUUGUUCUCUGUUGCUUUUUGUUCCAAGAUACAUUUCUUCAUAGAAAAUGGGAGAAAUGUCAGGUUUCCAGUUAGGUGUUAUUGGUGCACUGUUUCUUUCAGUGGCAUCAUCUGUCUCUAUUGUCAUCUGCAAUAAAGCUCUCAUGAGCAACCUUGGCUUCCCCUUUGCUACAACAUUGACAAGUUGGCAUCUGAUGGUAACAUUUGGCACUCUCCAUGCUGCGCUUCGAUUCAAUCUGUUUGAGAACAAGUCAAUUGACAUGAAAACUGUGAUGCUUUUUGGCAUCCUGAAUGGAGUUUCCAUUGGUCUUCUCAACUUAAGUCUAGGAUUCAACUCCAUUGGUUUCUAUCAGAUGACAAAACUUGCAAUCAUCCCAUUCACUGUAUUGUUGGAAACCCUGUUUCUAAAAAAGCAAUUCAGCCAAAAGAUAAAGUUUUCUCUGUUUCUCCUGCUUGUUGGAGUUGGCAUUGCCUCUAUCACUGAUCUCCAGCUCAAUUUGAUGGGAACAAUUCUCUCCCUCCUUGCCAUUGUCACCACCUGUGUUGGUCAAAUUCUGACAAACACAAUACAAAAGAGACUAAAUGUCUCUUCCACACAGCUGCUUUACCAGUCAGCUCCAUUCCAAGCAGCUGUUCUUUUUGUCUCAGGCCCUCUAGUAGAUCAGCUCCUCACCAAGCAAAGUGUUUUUGCUUACAAAUACUCUCCUAUAGUUCUAGCAUUCAUCAUUCUCUCGUGCUUAAUUGCUGUAUCAGUGAACUUCAGCACCUUCUUGGUUAUUGGCAAGACAUCCCCUGUUACAUACCAAGUGCUAGGCCACCUCAAGACAUGCCUUAUCCUUGCCUUUGGCUACACACUGCUGCAUGACCCUUUCACUGGGAGGAACAUCAUCGGAAUACUUGUAGCCAUAUUUGGUAUGGGCCUGUAUUCAUAUUUCUGCUCCCAAGAGAACAAGAAGAAACAAUCCCCUGAUCCAUUGUCAUCCCAGUUGAAAGAUAAGGAAGAAACACUAGUUAUUGCACAAGACAAAGAAGGCCAUGAAGUGAAGAAACCAAACAAGGACUCUCUUGUCUAAAUCAGCUGGGUCUUGUUUUGUCAAGAAGGUCUUUUACAUGUGUUUAUUAUUAAGGUGUUUUAUUUCUUCUAUAACAUUUUGUUGAGUGUAAAUGAUUUUGAUUCUUUAAAUAAACCUUAGUUUUCAAUGUUCCCCAAAUCCCCAAUUCUUGUAUUUACAAUUUAUCAGAAUUAUAGUAAAAUGUUUUUCAAUUU